UGGCACGGAGGAUACAGUGUGUAGGAACCCAGCGCGUCCUCCGCUCUUACCAGCUCUUCACAGCGAGACGCACGAUUCCAAAGGAUGCUUCACCAUAUGCUUCUCUUAACCGCUGAGUUCGGAGUUUGGAUGUAGGCGAUCCUUCGGGCGCGGAGAGAGCUCUGAAUUUGGAUGCUUCGUUGGCACGGCUUUCUUUCCUCACCGGUGAAAAGAGAUUGCGGGUGACGGUGAAGCGCGUCUUGCGCGCUGCCGCUCGAUUUUCACGGUCUCUCCUCGGGACAGGACCUUCUGGAGAAGGGAAAUGUGAAGAAGGUUUAAAGAAUGGCAUGUAAACAUGGUUUCUGCCAAGAAGGAGAUGGUGACUACGAUGUACCCCACUUCUAUUUCCACUCUCCUCUACUUUCUCUGUGUGACGGCUUGCAUAAAGAGAAUAUCUGGACAGAUCAGAAAGGAUGAGAAAUUAUAUCCAGAAAAUUUCACACGCAUUCUUGACCGACUACUGGAUGGAUACGACAACAGACUACGACCUGGAUUUGGGGGUCCAGUGACGGAAGUAAAGACAGAUAUUUACGUCACGAGUUUCGGCCCAGUGUCCGAUGUAGAGAUGGAGUACACAAUGGACGUGUUCUUCCGCCAGACAUGGGUGGACAGACGGUUAAAGUAUGAUGGUCCGGUGGAAAUCCUACGACUAAAUAAUCUGAUGGUGACUAAAGUCUGGACCCCCGACACUUUCUUCAGGAACGGCAAAAGAUCCGUGGCUCACAACAUGACGGCACCCAACAGACUCUUCCGGAUCAUGAAAAACGGCACCAUCCUGUACACCAUGAGGUUGACGAUAAGUGCCGAAUGCCCAAUGAAACUCGUAAAUUUUCCGAUGGAUGGCCACUCCUGCCCGCUUAAGUUCGGCAGCUAUGCGUACCCAAAGACUGAGAUGAUCUACACCUGGACCAAAGGCCCUCAGCAUUCAGUGGAGGUCCCACCUGAGUCGUCCAGUCUGGUCCAGUACGACCUGAUCGGACAGACUGUGUCCAGUGAGACUGUAAAGUCAAUCACAGGUGAAUAUGUUGUGAUGACGGUGUACUUCCACUUGAAACGGAAAAUGGGCUAUUUCAUGAUUCAGACGUACAUCCCCUGCAUCAUGACUGUAAUCCUUUCCCAAGUGUCUUUCUGGAUAAAUAAGGAAUCUGUUCCUGCCAGAACUGUCUUUGGAAUCACCACUGUUCUCACAAUGACGACCCUUAGCAUUAGUGCUCGCCACUCUCUACCCAAGGUCUCGUACGCGACAGCCAUGGAUUGGUUCAUAGCGGUCUGUUUUGCUUUUGUCUUCUCCGCCCUCAUCGAGUUUGCUGCUGUGAACUACUUCACCAACGUGCAGGCGGAGAGAGCCAAGAGAAAACAGGCCAAAGCUGCCGCUGCAGCUAGUGCUAAGAGCGCCACACCUUCAGGCAAAGCUAAAGACACAGAGGAGGUUCUGCAGCAAAACUCAGACACCAACGGCAAUUUACGGAAACGCGUGAACUCCAGCAUUCACUCGCAACCUGAUGCCAAGAAACCCCAAAGAACCGAACCAAAAGAACCGUCUGGCAAGAGCGGCACUGCUGCGUCCAAACCGACUCUGACCAGCCAAUCAUCUUCCACCUCAGAGGGUACCAGCAGUUUCUCCAGCCAAUCAUGUCUCAGCCCCAGUGCGGCCAGCCAAUCCAAUGCAGCCACUUCAUCCUUAGCCUCUAAAACCACACCCCCAGCCCCGCCCUCUACGCCAACAGCCCCUGAAAAAUCCUCACCCACCACUGGCUCCGCCCCUCUUCACCAUCUUCUCGGGCCUAAAUUAGAGAACAUUAAAAAGAAGGAAGCCAAAACCGCCUCUUCUGCUCAACCUGCACCUCCUGCUACCGGGGGGGCCAGCAAAAUCGACGAGUAUGCACGUAUUUUAUUCCCAGUGUCUUUUGGGGCGUUCAACAUGGUGUACUGGGUAGUGUACUUAUCCAAAGACACCAUGGAGGCCAAGGGAGGCUAAUAAAGACUGGCUUGUUUGUUUGAACACUUUUUCUACAAUUCACUGAUGAUAUAAAGACCCCUUCGAAGGAUUAUGUCAACUAUUAUGUAAACUGUUUGCCUCAACAAAUUAUUUGGUGAAAUAAUAUAAAAACAUUUAUUUAAUUGAUUAUCAAAAGGGCCGUUCCAGAUUUAGCAUGUGUAUAUAUGAUAAGUAAAAAUAAUUUAAUUAAAAAAAAACAAACUAAAAAAACAAUUCAAGCAAUCUCACUGGAAUGAAUCAUAGAUUUUUCUGUUGUCUGUUUGAAUAGCCAUAUUUCUGGUCCGUCCUAUAUAUUGCCAGAUCCACUGCAGCAGGGACAAUGCUACUGAAUAUAGAAAAAACAAUACCCAGGCCAUUUAGUCUAUUUUUAUAUAGAGACACAUUCUAAAAGAUUCCUUCAUUUGGAGACUCGGAUAAGUUUUCUGAAACCUGAUAGAUUUGAAUUCACCCCGUGGAUGCCAAGAAAACAAAUUUCUGACAUUGUUAUGACACUACACAUCUCAUUUGAUAAAGCAACAUUGUAUAUGUAAACUGCUGUGGCACAAAUGGUAUCUAUUAUGCAUUCUCUCGCCAAGAGAAAAUGCUAGAAUAGAGUUUUGUUUUUGUUUUGUUUUUUCAGUGAAAACAUAUGCAUGUCUUUUCUUUUUUUAAAGAAACUACAAGAAUUUUCUUGUAAGUCCUUAAAGCACAAAUGAUGGCUUUCUCUCUGGUAUUCUUUGUUUUUGAAUGGCUUGUUUUUAGUUUAGUUUGAUUUUGGUUUUGGUUUUAUUAUUAAAGUAUUUAUGUCUUAUUGCUUAUAUACAGUAUACUCUGAUAGAAAGAUUGUAGUGUGACAUAGGGAUGGAGUUUAACUAUAUGAAACACAUAGCGCGCGUGUACGGACCCCUGGCAUCCUGAUCACACAGUGAAAUCGGAAAGAGUAGGUCAACUUGUCUUUAGCAAAUAUCGGUAUACAUGUAUGCUUACCGGAAUUUAAAACACUGCCCCCAGUGGCCAAAGCUGUAAAUGUUGUAGGGCGUAUAGUCACAUGUGAGCUCCGUUUAUGUCCAGGAGAGGUCGCCAAAAGCAAGUUGUGAAGUGAGCUCCUUUCAGCUGUACAGGAUGUAAUACAGUGAAGAGGAAUGCAUAUUUUAUGGACUCUAUCCCCCAACCCAAACCCCAAACCUAAACCUAACCAUUAAUGGAGUAAAAAUUAAAUGUUAGGGGGGAGAGUGCAACUUCCGAAUCAUGCUUGUCAUUGAUUAAGAAAACACAAUUACUUCCUGGUUCCAGUGUGGAUACAAAUCCAGGUUGUUCACGCUGAUGAUGCAAUGCACUACCGGUCGAGCCACAUGGGAAGGUAAACACACUGAAACCGAUGCAAACAUGUCUGCCGUGAAAUCUCGUAUGUCAGUGAGUCGGCGUACUGUCAUCGAUCCUAGGGUAUCGGAACUUUCAAAAACAGCACGCUAACUUCCUGUGUGAUCAUGUUGCCCCUGGAGCCCGUUUCCGUGGCAACUGCUCAGGGUCGAGAUGGGAAGCUCAAACUGACUUUUGAGGUCAUCAUACAAGUGCCAACAACAACAAUGUCAUGCAAUCCUCAUAGGGCUGCUUAUUGUAAGUGUAUAUUGGAUCUAAAGCAGUGAUUAGUUGAGAUAUUCAGUAUCCACCAAUCACUCGUCACGUCACAAAAUUUAUGUUAAGUAAAAUUUAAAGGACAAGUUCACCCAAAAAUUUAAAUUCUAUCAUUAUUUACUCACCCUCAUGAAAUGUGUAAAUUUCUUUCUUAUGCGGAACACAAAAAGCUCUUAGAAUCACGUUACUACACCUACAUUUAAAAAAUAUAUAUAUAUAUAUAUAUAUAUAUAUAUAUAUUUACUUUGCUCGAUGUAUGUAUCGCGGCAGUUUUUGGGUGAAAUGAACGCUAGAGGCGCUACAACAACAAUGACUUUUAUUCACUUUCACACAAAUCACAAGUAAAGUGGCAGAUUAUCAGUUCAUACACACUUUUCACCCUGUUCGUCACACAGUGCUAUCUUAUGACAUCUAAACUCUUUUACUAUUGUGCAUGACUUGUAAGGCGUUACAUUUUAAUGUUUGCAUUACAUAACCAACUACAUUUACAAGCUUGUUCAAAUGCAAUCAAAUUGCGCAGUAGCUCAACUGACAGAUUGUUGCACUUGCAAUGUAAAGGAUCGGGGUACGAGUCCUGAAGAGCACGCUUUUCAAAACGUGAGCCAAAAGUGUCAUAGAAGCACCACAAAAUGACAUGGUUGCGUUUGUACUUUUUACUAUACUGUAGCCCUACAUCUCCACCUUCACUUUCACUUCCACAUUCUUCUUCUUUAGUUUUUUGGCUAUUUGCAUUCUUUGUACAUAUCACCACCUACUGGUCGGGGCUGGUCAAAUGUGGAGAUUUAUUGUUAAAAAAGGACUUAAAUAUUGAUCUGGUUCUCACCCACACCUAUCAUAUUACUUCUGAAGACAUGGAUUAAACCACUGGAGUUGUAUGGAUUACUUUUAUGAUGCCUUUAUGUGCUUUUUGGAGCUUCAAAGUUCUGGCCACCAUUCACUUACAUUGUAUGGACCUACAGAGCAGAAAUAUUCGUCUAAAAAUCUUCAUUUGUGUUCAGCAGUAGAAAAUAAUAUGCAUCUGGGAUGGCAUGAGGGUGAGUAAAUCUGUUUGGGAGAAAGUUUUAUUCAUUUUAAGCGCCACACAAUGGACAUUUCACCUCAGAACUGAUGCAAUAAUGAACCACGUGAUAUCAUUUUCCACAAAUGUUGCCACAGUCAUGUAAUUUUCCUGAGAUCACACUACUCAUUUGUCAAAUCUUGGCAGAUAUGAGAGUGUUGGUCAUUCAUGUUUUUGAGUCAUAAUAGAAAAUACAGCUGAUUCUGUGUAAAGCUGAAUAAAUAAUUAUUUAUCAAAGUAAUGGCCAGCAUCAUCCAAUCACUGCCAACCUUGUUAAAAUAAAAUUAUACAUUAUAAAUACAGAAUCUAAGUAUUGCAUCGUGUUUGAAACAGCAUGUGGGUGAAUUUUUUAGGUGAAUUAUUCCUUUAAAAGCAUUACGAUUAAUCCGAAUUUGAUGGUGUGAAAGUUGCUGUCAUCUCUGUGUUUGCUUCUGUUUUGCUGUUCAUUACUGGUGCAGGAAGAUGCUGCACUGAUGCUCUGGUGUUGUGAAGUAAGGUUACACCCUUCUGAUGAUCCUGGGAGUUGUUAGCAGUUGGCUUUGACUUGAUUCAUUCCACCAUUCUAUUAAAUGUGACAUACAACACAUACUGUAUAUGCAUAUAUGGCACAAAUUUGGUUGAUUAAUCCAAUAAAUUAUUAUAUUUU